AUGGCUAUUAUAGCACAUCUGAAUCGUGUUUGUGAUGUAUGUGCUUGUUAUGAUCGACAAUAUUUAUUUACAAGUAGUGCAAUUGAUAAUAUCGCACAUAUAUCACGGGUUAAUCCACCAGUAUUGCAUGCUCAAGCACAAUUGGGUGAAAAAGAUUUAAUACCAUUUUAUAAAUUAUUAGAAUGGAUGUGGAUUGAAGCUGAUAAAACAACUUUGUCGAUUGCUUAUCAACGAAAUGGAUUACCAGGUACAUUUCGUAAAUGUAUAUCUAUUGCUUCAAAAGUUGAUUUGCCUAUUUUCUUUUCACUAGAAUGUGUACCAUGUGUGGCAGAGGAUCAAGACAUAUGGUUUACUUAUAGCAAUACACAAAUUCAUCUACGAGUUAUCGAUACGGAUGUCUUUAUACUUUGUUUUUCACUGGUGCAUCCACUAACUUUUGAAAAUAUUGAAGAAAAAUGGUAUCCUGAAAUUAAACAUUAUUGUCCAAAUGCUGUUACUGUAUUGGUAGGAACAAACUUGGAAUUACGUGACGAUACUGGAAAAGUCUCGAAUUUGGAAAAAUUACAACGAAAACCAAUUAGUUUUCAACAAGGUUGCUCGAUGCAAAAACGAAUUCAAGCGCAAUCAUAUAUCGAAUGUUCGGCUGCAACUAUGAAAAAUGUUAAAAUAUUAUUCGAAGAAAUUGUACCGGCCGCAAUAAUGAAGUCACAAGAGAAUUUUAGUUCAAUAUGGCCAAAAGGAUUUUUCAAGGAUGCUGAUAAAUUUGUUUCAUAUGGUAUUAAUGGACAAAUGCUUUUAUCUGCUAUUGAUGAUGAAAGUUUACAAGCAUCAAAAGCAGUUUUCUAUCAGCAAUUUAGGGGUGAUUUUAAUUCACCAUUUCCUAAUGAUCAAUUCAUAGAAGGUGAAUAUAAAAAUCUAUCAUCUUGUGCGUUGUUAGCUGAUAAUUCACAACAUGUCAAUCUAUAUUCGCGUAUUCAACAAUGGAUUGAUGAUUUGCCAAACGCAAAUGAAUUAUCUGAUAAUGAUUUAUCUACACAAUCAAAAAAUUUAAAAUCCGAUGAAAUAAAUUUAUCUAUGAUAGAAAAUAAUGAUGAAGAUAUUCUUGCAAAACAACAAAGAUUAAAAGAAGAAGCUAAAGUUGCUCUUGUACUUGGUGCAAAAAUGGCACGAAUGCAAGUACAAAUUGAACGACGAGCUUUAAAAAAGAAAAAAUCACCACUUUAUGAUAUUAUUGGUAUUAAUACGAAUGAUGAUAAACCAUUAACUCUUCGAAUGCUUGAAGAUAUGAAUAUUUGUCAAUUACAAGUUAUUGUUAAUGAUUUGCAUUGUCAGAUUGAAGAUUCAAUUCUUGUUGAUAUUGAAGAUUUAACAAAACGUUUACAAGAACAUGCUGCUAGUUUAUCACCAGAAUCAAAACGAACAUCAACAAAUGGUGCAGCACAACGUAUUUAUAUUGUAAAAUCAUCAACAACACAACAACAAGAUGUACAGAAAAAAUCUAUUCUUCAUAAUCUUUUACGUAAAGCUACUUUUACUUAA